AUGUUGGACUUAAUGCAAGAUGAGGUGUUCAGGGCUUUCAGCACCUACGCGCUUGUUGUUAUCUUGAAGACAAUGAUAAUGGCGCCGUUGACUGCGUUUUAUCGCUUCAAGCGAGGGUCCUUUGCCAAUGAGGAGGAUGUGGCCUUUAAGUCUGCGGAGGAAAGAAAGAAGCUACUGAGACCCAACCCAGAUGUUGAGCGAGUUCGUAGAUGUCACCUGAAUGACUUGGAGAAUGUUGUUCCCUUCGUGCUGGUGGGCUUGUUCUACGCCCUGAGUGGACCACAACUCUCGACCGCCUUGCUUCACUUCCGCAUCUUUGCCGGUUGUCGCAUCUUUCACACCAUCUCCUACAUUGGGGCUUUCCCUCAACCGUGCAGAGCACUGUCCUUCUUUGCAGGCGUUGGAGCUACAGUAUCCAUGGCCUACCAUGUUCUCAGUAAAGUUUUUGUUCUCUGA